UGGGGCGCAGUGAGAGGCAUGUGCCCAGCGUCUCUGAGGAGCAGCUGAGAGCCUGGGGUGCCCUCCCCUGGGUGCCAGCCUGGCAGGCACCAGGCUCUGUCAGCUCUUCUCUGGGAGCCCGCCACAGAGGGGUGCUGCCUCUCUGGUUUUCUUCGUGUCUAUAAUUUUUACUUUAGUUACAUAAGUACAGGCUAGAAUUUCCCCUUGAACCGCAUUUGGGUAUGUAAUUCCGUGCAUUAGCCACAUUCACCUUGUUGUGCUACAGCCACCACUGCCAUGACCAAACCUUUGCUUCACUCCAGACAAACUCCUCAUCAGUUAGCUGGUUGGCAUUAACCCCCAUUCCCUUCUCCUCUCGGCCCCUGGCAACCUGUGUUCUAGCUUUUGACUCUCUAUUUCAUAGGAGGUCUUUUUAGGUCUGGCUUAUCUCACUCAAGAUGAUGUCAAGGUUCAUCCACAUUGUUGCAUGAAUCAGGACUUCAUUCCUUUUUAAUGCUGAUAAAAUUCCAUUGGUGUUUAUACCACGUUUUCCUGUCCAUUCCUCUGCUCAUAGGCACUGGGGUCUCCGGUUUCUUAAAUCGCAGCAAAUCAGAGCACGUAUUCUCAACCUCAGGAUGACCCCGGCAGAGGCUGUGGCUCAGUGACCCCGAGGGCAGAGUGGCAUGGCCGUGUGGACGCAGUGGCCAGCAGCGCCCUUCUGGUUGUGCUCGGGCUCUUGGCGCCUCUGGUGGCUUUGUGGGGUUCCCUCAGCCUUCCGGGGGCUGGAUCUGUCCACAGGCUCCCAGCAUCCCAUGGCGUGAUGGCUGUUCUCCGUUCCGCUUAUUCUGUGGCCUGUUUCGCCUACAGUGCUCAAGGAUGUCAUUUCAUUUUAUUUCUGUCCUUUAGGUAUUAAACAUUUUAGUCUAAAAUAAGUGCUGAAGUCAGGUGGCCUUUGUAACUUUUAUUUUUACUCUUUCUCUCUCCUGGGGCUGGCCCCUGCCCUGAUCUCGCACUCUGGUGUCGCUGCCAGACCCGAAUCUGUUGGCUCGAGAAGUUGCUGCCCGGCAGGACCCCUGGCAGUGCCUCCGCAGUGUUCCGCCGAGAAUGGCUGUCACAGGGGCGCAGGAGAUGGGGGCCGGGCGGGUGCCAGAAUCUCCCGUGGAAAUGCCCCUGGAGCCCUGAUGUCAUAUGAGAAGUUGCAGGUAGAUGUGUGUCUUUGGUUCCCACAGCUACUCUGACUUACGACACUCUCAGAUUCGCUGAGUUUGAAGAUUUCCCCGAGACCUCGGAGCCUGUCUGGAUACUGGGUAGAAAAUACAGCAUUUUCACAGAAAAGGACGCAAUCUUGUCUGAUGUGGCAUCGAGACUUUGGUUCACAUACAGGAAGAAUUUCCCAGCCAUUGGGGGGACAGGCCCCACCUCGGACACGGGCUGGGGCUGCAUGCUGCGGUGUGGACAGAUGAUCUUUGCCCAGGCCCUGGUGUGCCGGCACCUGGGGCGAGAUUGGAGGUGGAUGCAGCGCAGGAGGCAGCCAGACAGCUACUUGCGUGUGCUCAGCGCCUUCCUCGACCGCAAAGACAGCUACUACUCCAUCCACCAGAUAGCGCAAAUGGGAGUCGGCGAGGGCAAGUCCAUCGGGCAGUGGUACGGCCCCAACACGGUCGCCCAGGUCCUCAAGAAGCUUGCAGUUUUUGACACGUGGAGCUCCUUGGCUGUUCACGUGGCGAUGGACAACACCGUGGUGAUGGAGGAAAUCAGAAGGCUGUGCCAGAGAGCGCCAUGUACCGGGGCCGCCGCUGGGCCUGCGGAUCCCGACCAGCACUGCAACGGGUUCCCGGUUGAGGCUGCUGGCCGACCGGCGCCGUGGAGGCCACUGGUGCUGCUCAUCCCCCUGCGCCUGGGGCUCACGGACAUCAACGCGGCCUACGUGGAGACACUGAAGCACUGCUUCAUGAUGCCCCAGUCCCUGGGCGUGGUCGGAGGGAAACCCAACAGCGCUCACUACUUCAUCGGCUACAUCGGUGAGGAGCUCAUCUACCUGGACCCCCACACAACGCAGCCGGCGGUGGAGUGCACGGAGGGCUGCCGCAUCCCCGACGAGAGCUUCCACUGCCAGCACCCGCCCUGCCGCAUGGGUAUCCUGGAGCUCGACCCGUCCAUCGCCGUGGGGUUUUUCUGUAAGACCGAGGAAGACUUCAAUGACUGGUGCCAGCAGGUCAGGAAGCUGGCACUGUUCGGGGGAGCCCUGCCCAUGUUCGAGCUGGUGGAGCAGCAGCCUUCUCACCUGGCCUGUCCUGAUGCCCUGAGCCUCUCCUUAGAUUCUUCUGACGUGGAGCGACUGGAAAGAUUCUUUGACUCAGAAGAUGAAGACUUUGAAAUCUUGUCCCUUUGAGAAUCCGGGAUUUGGGGGACAGCUUCUGAGAGCUGGGCGCUGCUCAGGGUGCCCGUGCCAUCCCUGCGUUUCAUCUGUCCCAGCCUGCCCGCCUCUGCCCACGGCCCAGUGCACACGCGGUUGAGGACUGUGCCCACCCGGAGGCUGUGGCCUGGAUCUGUCCCGCCUGAGCCCCCAGCACCUGUGUCUGCGCCCUGAACGCAGCCACCCAUCCUGAUGUCUGACGGAGCCUCGGCGGGCGCUUUGGAGAGCAGCGUCUUCACGCGUCUGGAAGGUUCUUGCAACAUUGCCAGGCCUGCAUCCACCCAUCAGCUUCCGUCCUCCUUCUUCUGGGCUUCGUUCUGUGGUUUGUUUGGGAAUUAAAGUCCUGUUUGAAGUCGU